AUGGCGGCGAUUAAAGAAAAUGCAAGAUCAAGCCUCAUAGUAGCAGGCAGAGUAAUGAACGAAGCCAUUAGCUUCUUAGUUUUCAUUAUCCUCGACAUUCUUGAUUUUAUCCUCUGUUAUACUUACAAAGUAAUCGAUUUCAUAAUCGAAGCAGAGUGGAAACCCUGUUAUUGCUCUUCCAUUAAAGAAGUCAUAACAAGCAGCGGCUCAAUCUUGGUCUCCGAACGAGGAGAGUCCAAGAUAGUGUGUCUGACUUCUUCGAGCAAACUACGUCUCGAAGAAAUUUCAGACACACUUUACACUCGGCCAUCAUUGAUGGCGGAGGUGUCAAAAUUGACAGUGAAUGAGCUGAAACGCCGGAAAUUUGACAAUGCGGGUGUGAUACAACAGUCAUGUGAGAGGUUGAAAAAUGGAAGUGUCCGUUCAACUUUUACUGUUAAUUCCACCAUAGUGGAAAUGCUCCAAGGCAAAAUGGGUGGCCAGAAACCUCAUGAUGUUACUCCUAGGUGGUCGGAUUGUGAUUGCAACACUUGUAAUUCUUGGUCCUCUUCUUGCAAAGAUUCACUUUUUGUCCGAGUUGAUGGUGCCAAAGCAAACUUUGAAGAAGAUGUAAUCUUCAUUCAUGGGUUCAUUUCAUCAUCAGCAUUUUGGACAGAGACAUUAUUUCCAAACUUUUCAAAGGCAGCAAAAUCAAAGUAUCGUUUAUUUGCAGUGGAUCUGUUAGGAUUUGGAAGGAGUCCAAAGCCAAGUGAUUCACUUUACACAAUAAGAGAACAUCUAGAGAUGAUUGAGAAAUCAGUUUUGGAGGCACACAAAGUGAAAUCUUUCCACAUUGUGGCACAUUCUUUAGGUUGUAUUUUGGCUCUAGCACUAGCUGUAAAAUAUCCUGGAUCAGUCAAAUCCCUCACUUUAAUUGCACCGCCAUAUUUUCCAACACCAAAGGGUGAACAAGCGACGCAACAUAUGAUGAGAAGAAUAGCACCAAGGCGGGUGUGGCCACCAAUAGCGUUUGGGGCGUCCAUAGCAUGUUGGUAUGAACACAUAAGCAGAAGUGUUUGCCUAGUCAUAUGCAAGAACCAUCGUUUGUGGGACUUUCUCACCAAACUUGUUACCAGAAACAGGAUUAAGACAUACUUAAUAGAGGGAUUUUGCUGCCAUACACACAACGCAGCGUGGCAUACACUACACAACAUCAUAUGUGGUACUGCUGGAAAAAUAGAAGGAUACUUAGACAUGGUGAGAAACAAGCUAAAAUGUGAAGUCACGGUGUUCCACGGUGAAGAUGACGAACUUAUUCCGGUCGAAUGCAGCUAUAAUGUACAGUCAAGAAUUCCUCGUGCACACGUUAAGGUUGUCCAGAAAGAAGAUCACAUCACCAUUGUUGUUCGAAGACAGAAAUCAUUCGCAAGGGAACUUGAGCAAAUUUGGAAUAAUUCAACUUAAUUAAUUAUGUGAAUUCCCCACCAUCAUUUUUAUAAGUAAAUUAAAACAAAGAAAGUAUUUUUAUCGUAUAAACCUAAAUUAAAUUUGGACAAAAU